AUGACUUCCAAUAACCUAUCAGUACUAGAAGCACUCGAUACAGCUCGCACUCAAUGGUACCAUGUCAAAGCCAUUGUCAUCGCAGGAAUGGGUUUCUUCACCGAUGCCUACGAUCUCUUUUGUAUCUCCAUCGUUUCCAAGCUCUUGGGUCGUCUUUACUUCUCCGAUGGUAACUCCACAGACCCCGGAAAACUGCCAACCAACAUCAACAACGUCGUCACCGGAGUAGCCCUUAUUGGAACCCUAGCUGGACAACUGGUAUUUGGGUGGCUUGGUGAUAAGCUCGGCCGGAAAAGGGUGUACGACAUCACCUUGAUUCUGAUGGUGAUUUGUGCCCUCUGCUCCGGUUUAUCUUUUGGCUACAGUCCGAAAGCUGUGAUUGGUACCCUUCGUUUCUUCCGAUUCUGGCUUGGAUUUGAGAUUGGUGGGGAUUACCCUCUCUCCGCCACCAUCAUGUCGGAGUAUGCAAACAAGAACACCCGAGGGUCGUUUAUCGCCGCCGUGUUUGUCAUGCAAGGAGUAGGAAUUAUUUUCGUCGGUCUAGUUUCCAUGAUUGUGUCUCAUCUUUUCUUAACAGCCAACCCUGCACCUCCAUUCCAUGAGGAUAAUGUGCUUUCCACACAGAGGAACACCGAUUUCGCAUGGAGAAUUGUCCUCAUGCUCGGAGCUCUGCCGGCUCUUUUGACAUACUACUGGCGUAUGAAGAUGCCGGAAACCGGGAGGUAUACCGCCAUUAUCGUGGGAAAUGCGAAGCAAGCCGCAUCAGAUAUGGGUCGGGUCUUGGAUAUUGAAAUCCAAGAGGAGCAAGAGAAAUUGGCUAUGUUUAAGGCAAACAACGACUACCCUAUCCGGUCAAGAAAGUUCUAUAAGCGGCAUGGACGUCACUUUAUCGGAACAAUGAGCACUUGGUUCUUGUUGGACAUUGCAUUUUAUGGUCAAAACUUGACCCAAAAAGAUAUUUUUUCGGUGAUGGGUUUGACAAAGAAGGCCAAUGACGUCAACGCUCUUGAAGAAAUGUUCUUGACUUCACGUGUUAUGUUCAUAAUCGCCAUGUUUGGUACUUUUCCGGGAUACUGGUUCACGGUGCCGUUCAUUGAGAAAAUAGGCCGGUUCUACAUCCAGCUGAUGGGCUUCUUCAUGAUGUCGGUUUUCAUGUUCAUAAUGGGAAUAAAAUACGAUUACCUCGCGACUAAAGAAAACAGAUGGGUGUUCGCCGGUCUCUAUGGGCUGACCUUCUUUGCGAAUUUUGGACCUAACAGCACAACCUUCGUUUUACCGGCGGAGUUGUUUCUAUAA